AUGGACAAGGACCUGCGCCAACCCGAGCCCGCCACGAGCGAUAAGGGCACCUCCGAGCUCGCCUUUGCCCGCGCCGAUGUCGAGACGGGCGGCACGACCGGCCUAAGCGCCUGGUUCGGCGGCCGCAAGACAAAGGUCGGCCCUCGCAUAGCACCGCGCCGCGAGGGCCUGGGAGACACUUCCGACAGCGAGGAGAACCCGGACGCCAUCCUCGGGAAGCAGCUGGCCGAGGAAGAUGGCCAUGCCAUCAAGUACCGGACGUGCAGCUGGCAAAAGACCGCCGGUUUGCUCUUUUCCGAGUACAUCUGCCUUGCCAUCAUGAGCUUCCCGUGGUCGUACAGUAUUCUUGGCCUCGUUCCCGGACUCAUCCUCACCGCCGUCAUCGCCCUCAUUGUCCUAUACACGUCUUUGGUCCUUUGGCAAUUCUGUUUGAGGCAUCCCGAAGUCCGCGACGUUUGCGACAUUGGUCAGAUGCUCUUCUGGGGCAAGAAAUGGGCGUGGUAUGCCACCGCCGUUAUGUUUAUCCUGAACAACACUGUGAGUCGUUCCCUCUUCAUUCAGGCUCUUCACGUCCUCGUUGGCGCCAAGUAUCUUAACACGAUGACCGAGUCCGACCCCGUCGUCUGCCGAACCGUCGUCUUCUCCAUCGUCGUCACCAUCAUCUGCUGGGUCUGCUCGCUGCCCCGCACCUUCAACUCGUUGUCCAAGGCUGGCACAGCCUCGGCCGUCUUCACCUUCAUCUCGGUGCUCCUGGCAACCAUCUUCGCCGGCAUCCAGUCCCAUCCCGCCGGAUACGACCCCCGAUCCACCUACGUGGGCGACAAUGGCGUCACCAAGACGGGCGGCAACCCCAUCGUCACGGCCCUCCCGCUGGCCUCGACCACGUUCGUCUCCGGAAUGAAUGCGUUUUUGAACAUUAGCUACACCUUCAUCGGCCAGAUCACGCUGCCUAGUUUCAUCGCCGAGAUGAAAGAUCCUCGCGAUUUCCCCAAGGCUCUCUGGGCCGUCACCAUUGGCGAGAUCAUCGUUUUCAGCAUUGUUGGAGCUGUCGUCUACGCCUUCGUCGGCAACCAGUACAUGACCGCCCCGGCUUUUGGUUCCCUCGAGGAUGUCUACAAGAAGGUCUCCUUCUCUUUCAUGAUCCCGACUCUGGUUUUCCUCGGUGUGUUGUACGCCAGUGUCUCGGCUCGCUUCCUCUUCUUCCGCCUAUUCAAGGGAACGAAGCACUUGCACGAGCACACCAUUGUUGGCUGGGGCUCGUGGGCCACUAUUCUUUUGGCGCUUUGGCUGUUGGCCUUCCUUAUUGCCGAGCUGAUUCCCUUCUUCUCGUCUCUUCUCUCCCUCAUGUCCUCCCUGUUUGACUCCUUCUUCGGCUUCGUCUUUUGGGGCGUGGCCUAUUUCCGCAUGCGAAGCGCCGACGCCCGCGCCGGGAUUCCCAGGGGGAACAAACUUGUUGACUGGGCCUCGAUGGCUCUCAACAUCAUUAUCAUUCUCACCGGUCUCCUUUUCCUUACGGCGGGAACAUACGCCAGUGUCGAGGGUAUUAUCAAAGAGUUUCGGGCGGGUACCGUCGGAAAGCCUUUUGGUUGUGCGUCCAACGGGCUAUGA